UGCAGUCGUAUCACUAUUUAUCCUUUACAAAGCAUUUCCAUUAACAUAUAAUACUUAGGAUUAAAGAAUUCUUUACAGUGGUUACAUCUUCAUAAUUUAUCAUCAUUUCAAGACAAAAAGAAAUUGUUUUACGGAAGUUAUAUAAUCGUUUACAUAAAUUUGUGGAUAAUUUAUUUUAAUGAGAGGAGAAAAAUUAUGGAAAUUAAAUUGUGUGAGAAGAAAGAUGGAUUUAAAGCAAAAUCUACAGCCAUUGAUUAUCCAGAUGGUUUAAAGAAAAAGGAAGAAAAAGCACGUUAUCAUUGUGAUAGAUGUGAUAAAUCAUUCUCUGUGAAAUGCCACCUCAAUAAACACAAACUUAUUCAUACAGGAGAGAGACCACAUCGUUGCGAUAUCUGUGGUAAAUCGUUUUCUAAAAGGCGUAAUUUAAUUAUUCACAUUCGCGUUCAUACUGGAGAGAAACCGUAUCAUUGUGAUAUCUGUGAUGAAUCAUUCUCUGCGGAACGGCGCUUCAAUAAACACAAAUGUUUUCAUCCCGGAUGGAGACCACAUCAGUGCGAUAUCUGUGGUAAAUCAUUUUCUCUUAAUUGUAAUUUAAUUAUUCACAAACGUAUUCAUACUGGAGAGAAACCGUAUCACUGUGAUGUCUGUGGCAAAUCUUUCUCCGUAGGAAGCAUCUUGACUAAACACAAACGUAUUCAUACAGGAGAGAAACCAUUCCACUGCGAUCUCUGUGGGAAAUCAUUCUCUGGCAGUAGUGACUUAACUCAACAUAAGCGCUUUCAUACAGGGGAUAAACCAUAUCAAUGUGAUAUCUGUAGUAAAUCAUUCUCGCAAAGUGCACACUUGACUGUCCACAGACGUAUUCAUACGGGAGAAAAACCAUAUCAGUGUGAUAUCUGUGGUAAAUCAUUCUCUGAAAGUAGUCCCUUAACUCAGCAUAAACGUGUUCAUACAGGAGAGAAACCAUAUCACUGUGAUACCUGUGACAAAUCCUUCUCUGAAUUACGUAGCUUAACUAAACAUAGACAUAUUCACACAGGGGACUAACGAUAUUUGUGUGAUAUCUGUGGUAAAUCUUUCUCUGAAAAUUGUCUUCAUAAACGUGCUCAUACAUGAGAGAAACCCUCUCACUUUAAUGUCUGUAAUAAACUAGUCAUAGUGACAUCAAAUAUGGUGGGUGUGGAAUGAAGAAGCGAAAAUUCCUAUUUUCUUUUCUCAUAGAGUGACAGUUUAUGAAAUGUAUCUCAGACAUGUUCUCAGACACUGCACUACUGUUUUCCUCUGCAAAAUUGAAAUAACAGCAGACCAUCUGAAAAGGGAGCCCUUUGAAGUCCAGUCCUUGCUGAGCCUUUUCUAUGGCAACUCUGUCUUGGUUGUGACCACAUGGAAAGGUUUUUUUCUGUGGUGUGUGUGACUAUUGCUCCUCCCUUUCCAUCUAGUGUUCGAAACCGCGCCACAUUCUUUCUCUUGCAUUUUCUGAUUCAUUUGUUUCCUUGUAAUUAAAAUACGAUAAAUAAAAUUGUUUCAAAGUUUGAAAAUGACAGAAACUCUAAUAUAAUUUCAA